GAUGCCCGCUUCAUUCAACAGAUCACUGAAGUCCCAGAGCUCUCUCAAACUGUUCAGAUACACAGAUGUGAGGCGUUUGGAAGAGUGAAACAAACUGAUCGCGUAUAUACGCUCCUGUUGUACCUCUAUUACGGACAGAAAUAUGAAAACAUGGUAGCUAAAACGAGAAAACCAAAUGCCAAGGAGCAGAGCACCGAGAAGGACAGGAGUCAGUCCGUCUCGGGGAAAAGCAGGCGUGUGAAAGAUGGGAAAGGCUCUGCUUACCAGAGUAAAAACGGACUUUUUGCUGGGUUCAUUAGAAACAAACUGGGGUUGAGCCCAUCUGCUUUUGCAAGAGGAAUAACUGUUCUGGUUCUCGCCGUUAUUGCGGGAUUUUUACACUGGUAUCAUCUCUCACGUCUAUUUGAAAAUGACAGACACUUUUCACACAUGUCGUCCUUGGAAAAGGAGAUGGCUUUUCGAACGGAGAUGGGACUGUAUUACUCCUAUUUCAAGACCAUCAUUGAGGCUUCUUCCUUCAUGGAUGGUCUUUACAUGAUCAUGAAUGACCGGCUCACUGAAUACCCUCUGGUGAUAAACACUCUAAAGAGGUUCAACUUGUACCCUGAGGUGCUCUUGGCCAGCUGGUACAGAGCAUUCACCAGCACAAUGGACUUCUUUGGGUUCCCUACCAAGAUGUGUUGGACCAUCAACAGAGGGGAGGGUCUGGAUCCAGUGGAGAGUUGUGAAGGUCUGGGAGACCCCGCAUACUUCUAUGUCACCUUUGUGUUCCUGUUAAAUGGGGCGAUGAUGAGUCUGUUCUUUAUUUAUGGAACAUAUCUAAGUGGCAGUCAACUGGGUGGCACUGUUACGGUUCUGUGUUUCUUCUUUAACCAUGGAGAGAGUACUCGGGUCAUGUGGACACCACCUCUGAGAGAGAGCUUCUCUUACCCCUUCUUGGUUCUGCAGAUGCUUCUGCUCACAUGCAUCCUCCGGACAAGGAAUCCAAGCAAGUAUACCAUGAUGGCUCUGGGAAUCUCCAAUGUUUUCUUCAUGCUGCCGUGGCAGUUUGCUCAAUUUGUCUUACUUACCCAGGUUGCAUCCCUUUUUGCCUCGUAUAUCCUGGGAUAUCUGAGUCCGAAGAAAAUGCAGUCCAUCUUAGUGACACACAUGAUCUCCUUGGCCGUCUGUUUUCUGCUAAUGUUCGGGAAUUCGAUGCUGCUGACGUCCUUUUACGCCUCUUCACUGGUUUCUAUCUGGGGGGUUAUUGCACUGAGGGACCGUUUGAUUGGUACGUUCAAACCGAGAAUCUUCACAUGGGUCCUGCAGUGUCUUGCAUGGGUGGUCUCCACUGUCAUCCUAAAAUUCAUGCUUUCUGUGAUCUUUGGGGCCUCAGAUGAUGCCCACAUCAGCAGUCUCAUCAAAUCCAAGUUCACAAGCUACAAAGACUUUGACACGAUGAUGUACACGUGUGCAGCUGAGUUUGACUUCAUUGAAGCAGAGACUCUCAUCCGGUACAUCAAAACCAUGCUCCUUCCAGUUAACAUGCUGAUAGUGGGUUUUAUUGCUGGAAGGACUGUGCAGGAUGUUAUUAAUUUCCUCAAAAAUGAGAAGGCAGAAAAGUCAGAGGAUGAUGAAACGGAGCAGGCCCAGGUGUUGGCGAAAGGAGUGCUGGUGUACCACAGUCUGCAGCUGGUGGCGUUUGCAGUGCUGGCUGUGCUCAUCAUGAGACUGAAGCUCUUCCUCACUCCUCACAUGUGCAUCAUGUCCUGUUUAAUCUGCUCCAGACAGCUGUUUGGCUGGGUAGGAGAGAAGUUUAAACUUCUGAUAACCGUCGUGGGAAUAUUGUCCAUCAUGGCAGUUCAAGGAUUUGCCAACCUGCAGAAUCAAUGGGGCAUCAUAGGAGAAUUUAGCAACUUCCCUCAAGAAGAGCUCCUGGAGUGGAUCAAGGACAACACAAGCCCUAAUGCUGUGUUUGCUGGUGCUAUGCCCACCAUGGCAAGUGUGAAACUGUCCACAGGCAGAGCCAUAGUGAAUCACCCACACUAUGAAGAUGCAGGAUUAAGAGAAAGAACAAAGAUGGUGUACUCCAUGUACAGCCGAAAGCCAGCUGAGGAAGUAAAGCGAAACUUAUUAAAGCUGCAGGUGGACUAUUUCAUCUUAGAGGACUCAUGGUGCACCAGACGCUCCAAGCCUGGCUGCAGCAUGCCCGAGAUCUGGGAUGUGGAGGACAGCCAAAAUGCAGGAAAAGUGCCACUUUGCACUCUCGUGUCGAGGGAUUCUCGUCCUCACUUCUCGACCGUCUUUCACAACAACAUUUACAAAGUCCUUCGAGUUCCCAAAACGGUGAGAGAUAAGAGAUAACAGCAGAUUUCCCUCAACGUUACUGUUUUGUGUAUUUGAUACGUGUGUAUAUACACAGCAAUGAUUAUUUUUGUAAAAGUCAGAUCUGUUUUUAUUGAGACCGGCUUCUGCCACUUUGGUGUCCGUUUUGUUUUGAUCAACUGUAUGAAAUGUUUAAACCGUGGAGAAUCAGGUGAUUCACCGCCGAGAGUCCAUCAGUAUUGAAUCUGCCUUUAAUCUUCUGCUCUCAUGCUUGUUAAAUUGUAUUUAUUUUGUCUGGGUGACUGUGAUUUUUGCUAUCCAUGGUGCUGCUGGUUGCAUAUGGUCCAGAAUAUGGUUUCACUUGACCUAAAUCCUUUUACUUUUUAUUUACUCCUUUUAGGAUUUUUAACCUGUGAAGUUUCGUAAAAACCUUUUUGUGGAAAGUUUUAAAAUUCACAUUUAUAUAUAUAUAUUUUACAAAAAAUAUAUAUAAUUUAAGGGAGGAUUAUGAUAAUCUAUAGUCUUAUUUUUAGUCUACCAACUCAGUUUUAUUAAUCAUCUGUUGUAAAUAAAAUGCUUGUUACUCUUUUUGUUACUUUUAGGUUUUGUGUGUAAAAAAUCACAGUCAGUGUUAUGUAUUAGAGAAGUUAUCCUCUGAAAUAGUAUUUUUAUCUCUUUUUCAUUUAUUUUUAUGUAUUUUCAUUUGGAUCAUGUCAGUGUCAUUUUCUCUUUCUGUAUUGAGGUUUACCAUUGUUCAGAAUUCUGCCAGUGAAAUGCAAUUGUUAAGAAAUGGUAACAGUGUUUUUGUUAUUUUUAUUUUUUAAUCUCAGUUGUCUUUUCUGAUGUCAAUAAUAAUAAUAGUACUUUAAAAUCAAGCUGAGGGACUGUAAUCACUGCCAUGGAGUUAUUAAAGGAAUCAAUUUGUAGCAUA